AUGUCUCCGAUAGGAUCCCCGCCGAUCAAGCCGACGACCCCCAAGGCGGCGGGCGUCGCGUGCAACAGGACCAAUUACACAACCGUGUACCCGACCGACAGUUACGUGAGGCACGUGCUGGAAGAGCUCGGCGACGAGGUUAGCAAGAGCAAGAAUUACGCCAAGGUUAUCAAGUUCCCGGAGAUAGACCACCCAAUCAUGUCCGGUCAAGGUGCCUGCACGAAGAAUGUUUCGAAGGCGGUUUGCGCCAAGUGUCUCAAGGAUGGGGCGAAGAAGGUCCUCGAAAAAUGUCCGCGGCGGGUGGGAGCUCAGUUCAAUGCCACGGCGUGUCAAUUAAGGUACGACGUUUAUUAG